AUGAUGACACGCAGGGUGGUAGAAGUAGAAAAAGAAUGCGUUGAAAUACAUGAAGAUGAGGAUGAAGAGGUUUUGCACAAGCCGACACAAUUACUGAAAAAGUGCGAAGCUGUUUUAGAUGAUGGGGAGCAGCCAACUAGUACAGCACGCGAAUAUGCUAAAAUGGAUCAUGUUGAUGAAAACGAUUGUCGCAUCUGUAGCGGCAGCGAAGUUCUAAACAGCCUUUUCAAAGUUAUCAAUAAACAAACAAUAGCAAAUAAAUUGAUGAAAAUAUAUAUGACAGUGGCCAUUGCUCCAAAGGAUUUUAUGCCACGAUUUAUAUGCAAUACUUGCUUGAAUGAUGUAAACGUUGCUUUCCAGUGGAAGGCACAGUGUGAAGAUACUGACAGUAAAUUGAGACAGAAACUUUCACACAGCAAGAAUAAAACACCGGCUGAUUAUGCUGAUGAUAUGGAAAUUAAAGUCUCCGACAAUGGAGCCAUAAAAGCAAAAUAUGACUCAAAUGAUUCUGAUCUUGGUACUACAACCAAACAAAAACGUUUUCGACGUGGUGCUGGGGGUAGACGAGAUAAACGAUAAUCAACGACCGCAGAAUUACGGGAUCCAAAGGUAGUAUGGUAAGCCACAAAUUAACGUAAAACUAAGGGUACACCGCCGUCCAAUGAGAAAGAAAGAAAGCCGACAAAACACUCUUGCGCCUAAUAUGAACAAAUAGUUACGA